AUGAUUGAAACUGAACUCUCGUGCUACUUUUGUCCCGAUGUUGAGGAGACUACGGACAACCUGAAGGCCACAUGCGACACCUUCUUGGCCACCUCCGAUGAGCUGAUUCGUCUGCUCACCUCCAGCGGUCCCUCGAGUCUGACAGCAACUGCUGCCAAACGCUCCUCCGGCGGUCCCACAAGUGAUGGGCCACAGUUUUCGCCAGAUUCUCGGAUGCGGAAGCCUCUUGUUCCUAGCAACCUUCAGACCACCGCGACCGAAGCACAGUCGAAUGGCAAUAUCUCCUCCGAACCGGAUCAAGAUGCUAGGCAGGUGCUUCCUUCUGGUUUAAGGGCAUUUUUUUCGUACAGAUAA